UUAAAAUAAUUUAAUCUAAUUUAGCCUAAUAAUUAAAGACAUCAUUUAGACUAAGGUAAAGUAAGACAACAAAAUUACAAAUUAAGAAUUCAUCAAAUCCCAAUAAUCUGUCUACCUAGUUAAGAAUAUCCUAUGCAUGUAUUAUGUAAAAAAAAUUACAAGAUGCUCCCUUUGGUCUGCAAUUUCAUUCUUCUUCUUCUUCGUCAAUGAUUUUGAUGGUAAUUUUUUUAUUCCUUAAUUAUUAAUUUGAGUUGGGAACAGAUCUAGAUGUUCUGGUAUGUGAUGUAUCACGUGUGCUCCAUUUCCAUUACCACUCAUCUCUAAAAGCCUCCACUUUUGACUCCUCUCCUUCCCAUACCCAUCUCCACCACCAUGACAGCACCCACCACCAACGCCACCAGAACAAAAUUUCCUCGCUCAAAAUCCAAAUGCAUACUCUUUACCAUCAUUGCUUCUCUCCUGCUUUUGUCUCUCGUCGCUAUUAUCCUCUUUUUUACCCUUCGUCACAAAAUCUCACAUUCCCACUCUCCAAAUUCAUCUUCAAGCUCAAACUUACCAAUAGCUGCUAUCCAAUUAGCCUGCCAAGCCACACAACACCGGGAAACUUGUCAAACCUCUCUAUCUCAGUCCAAUCUUGUCCCUCCCAAUCCUACCCCACUUCAAAUUAUACAAUCUGCAUUGUGGGUCUCCUCCCAAAACCUCACAAUUGCACAAUCAAUGUUGAAGUCCCUCUUAGCCUCCGCCGCCAGUAACCAAAACGUCACUAACGUUGUCAAAAGUUGUUUGGAGAUUUUGCGUUUUUCCCAGUACCGCAGUUCAGUGUCGAAUGACACUUUGCCAUUCGGUAAGACCAAAAAUGUUCGUGCUUGGAUGAGUGCGGCGGUGGCUUACCAAUACGAUUGUUAUGGAGGACUGAGUUAUCAAGGCGGCAACUCGCAGGAAGUCAAUGAAACGAAGGCUUUUCUUGACAAUUUGAUUGGGCUCAGCAGCAAUGCUUUAAGCAUGAUUGUCUCUUACGAUUUAUUUGGCAACGAAACCCGGUCCUGGCGACCGCCAAAAACAGAGCGAGAUGGGUUCUGGGAGGACCCAAAGUUGCGCGGUGAAAUGGGGUUUAGCGGUGAGUUUCCGUCAAACUUAACAGUGGAUGCGACGGUGUGUAAGAAUGUGAGUAGUGGAUGUUACAAAACGGUACAGGAAGCUGUUAGUGCAGCUCCCAGUAAUGCGACGGAGCGAAGGUUUGUGAUACACAUAAAGGAGGGGGUUUAUGAGGAGAUCGUUAGGGUCCCGAUUGAGAAGAAAAAUGUGGUCUUCUUAGGCGAUGGAAUGGGGAAAACGGUAAUUACAGGGUCGUUGACUGUUGGUCAGCCUGGUGUCAACACAUAUGAGUCUGCUACUGUUGGGGUUCUUGGUGAUGGAUUCAUGGCUAGUGGUGUCACAUUCCAGAAUGCAGCAGGUCCUCCUACCCACCAAGCAGUGGCUUUUAGAUCAGACAGUGAUCUAUCAUAUAUUGAGAACUGUGAAUUCCUAGGCAAUCAAGACACUUUGUAUGCUCAUUCUCUUCGCCAAUUCUAUAAAUCAUGUCGGAUUCAGGGCAAUGUCGAUUUCAUUUUUGGAAACUCAGCAGCAGUUUUCCAAGAUUGUCAAAUCUUAGUUGUUCCCAGGCAAGAAAAUCGAGAAAAAGGUGAACAAAAUGCUGUCACUGCACACGGCAGGACAGACCCUGCCCAAUCAACAGGUUUUGUGUUUCAAAAUUGUUCGAUCAAUGGCACUGCAGAGUACAUGGCAUUAUACAAUGGCAACCCAAAGGUUCACAGGAAUUACUUGGGAAGGCCUUGGAAGGAAUACUCAAGAGUCGUUUACAUAAAUUGCAAUUUUGAAUCUCUCAUAACAGCAGACGGGUGGAUGCCUUGGAGUGGCGAUUUCGCACUGAAUACACUAUACUAUGGAGAAUACAAAAAUUCUGGUCCAGGAUCUAAUUUGUCUCAGAGAGUCACCUGGAGCAGUCAGAUUCCGGCAGAGCAUGUAAACACAUAUUCAGCACAGAAUUUCAUUCAAGGAGACGAAUGGAUGCCUACAUCUUCUUGAAUAUUCAAAAUAAAUAAUGCUGUAUACUAACUUUAUUUGUAAUAAUGUUGUGUGCUGCAUUACACUUGUUUACAGAAUCAAUAUGGCGAGUGGUAAUGAAUUUGCUUAAUUUAUAGAUUGAUUACAGGCGUUGUAAUCAAUUUGAACAAGGUCUCAAA